AUGGCUGCCUUAGAAGCUGGCCUGAGAAAAUUGAUUCUCUCCAUCCACCCAUCUUGUCCAUCCCUGCUGAGAGAUAUGUACCUGCUGCUGGAGCCACAUCUUUCCAAUCAAACGAAAUUGCUGAAGAUCGUCAUGGGCUCGCCACUGUCGCUGAACCUCAGAAACAUAACGUGGCACGGGCUUAGUUAUUUGUUGCUCUGUAUCAUUAACGACAUUGGGCACUGUUUGAGUUGUAACGCGUUACUACGUAAUAAAGUUACACGCUCAAGUGAAUGUGGAGAGAAUGAUGUUACUGUAAAGUUUCCGGAAGUAAUCCUGGCGGAAAAGUACCUCUUGGAGAUGGAUCAACUUCAGAAGAUUAGCUUCUCGGUGACGGAAAUUUUACCAAGUCAUGCCAUUAUGUGGCGACUCUCAGUAAAGUUACUUCAGGAAAAAAAGUGCUUGUUUGCAGUUGUUAAUGAUACCCCACAAAGAUUGAUGACAGCCGAGAACACAGCUCUCUACACAACUUUUGACGAGAUCUUGGAUCAGUACCUUCCAGACAAAAGCCAAAACAAGUUACCGAUAUUCCUGGGCACAUCCCUAACAACCUGUUUGAUUGACAUGUUAGUGUAUCAAGGGGGUCCACGAAUUAGGGAUAGAUUAGGACAUGGGGAAAUAAAGUUGGAGGAUGUUUCUGAAAACAUUUCGAUGUCUAUUUUAACUCUGGCAUGUUGUGUGGUUGAGGAAAUGGCGAGGAAGAUGACGACGACGAUGAUGGGGACUGAAAUGAAGAAAAAAAACAACGCUAUUCCCGAAUUAUCAUCAGACGCUCGCUCACGUCAUCCAACCACAACAACUUCAACUUUCACUGCAACUGAUACCAAAAACAACCUCGCUACAAAAUUUAGUACUACUAUUUCUACUGUUGCCAUGACCACCACUGCCACAAACGUUACUACUACUGCUUUUACUGUUACUACACCUGCUACUGACGCCACUACAGUCGCUACCAGUACUUGUAACAACAUUGGUGAUAUGCAUGGCACAACCGUUGUCAAAAGUUUUAAUGAUGGAGACAAUAUUACUUUAACUACUGUUGUCAGCAAUAUUUAUACUAGAGCAAAUAGUAUCAUUAAUAAUAAGAGUAAUACUACAAACGAUACUGCUAACAUUAUUACUAUUGAUUUGAAUGUUACAACUGCUACUGGCAAUGUCUCUAAUGAUUCUGAUGCAAGCUCUGUUACUUCUAAGUAUCAUUCUAGUAGUUGCAGUGUUUAUAAGUAUAGCACGUUAACAGAAUGUCAGCGGAUUCUUGAAGGCUUGAAUGUUUCUACGCUUUAUAAGUGGUCUGAGGUGGUUAUUAUUCUUGGCUUCAAUCAUUAA